CCUCUGUUUACUUUUUAACUUCUGGGUUUUCUUGGAUCUGAUUUUUAGUAGGCGGAGUUAUCUUACAGAAACUGCCUCCUCCAUAUCCCCUACUAAAGCACAGGGCUCUUUUCAGUAAAGGCAUGAAAAUGAAGCCUCCUGUUCUAUUAUUUUUCUUCUUUGCAAUAUGCUUUAUUUACACAGCCAAAGGGCAGAAUCAUCAGCUAAAGUCUAUGCAAUGCAGCAAGAAGAUGACCUUUACACAGAACACACCUUGUACUUCCUGUGCUGUAGCCAACAGACUGCAGUGUCCAAAAGGGUGGACAAGAGUAACAUAUGGGCUAGGAGAAAGAGGUUGCAGUUAUACCAUAAAGCUGGAAGAGAAUAUACUUUCACUAUCAGGUUGUACUCACACUUGCAAGAAGGAAAUUGAAGAGAAACAGUGCUGUCCUGGAUACUGGGGUUCUGAAUGCUAUGAAUGUCCUGGAAGAUAUGGAAUACAAUGCAGUGGCCAUGGGACCUGUUUGGAUGGCAUAACACAGAAUGGAACUUGCAUCUGUGAGAACAACUAUGGAGGCUAUGCUUGCCAAGAUUGCCAGGAUGAGACUCAUUUUGGCCCUGAUUGUCAAUCUGUAUGUGAGUGUCAGCAUGGAAUCUGCAACCAUGGGAUCUCUGGGGAUGGACAGUGUAUCUGCUAUGGUGGAUACACUGGCCCCAAAUGUGACCAAGAACUUCCUCUAUGUGGGGGUGUAAUCUGUGAUGAGAAAUCCCAUUGUGUGGUGAAGGAUGGGCAGACAAGAUGUGAAUGUUUACCAGGCUAUCAGAAAAUUGGGACUGACUGUCACGCUCAAGAUCCUUGCAGGUCCUCUCCAUGCUCCUCAUUUGCUGUUUGCAAGACUCUUGGGCCAACAAAGUAUGAAUGUACCUGCAAAUAUGGGUACCAAGGAGAUGGUACGAUAUGCCAACCCCUAAAUCCCUGUCUCAGUAAUAAUGGAAAUUGCCCUGAAAAUUCCACCUACUGUAAGUUCUUAAGUCCAGGAAAGUCAAUGUGCACGUGUAAACCAGGAAUGACUAGCACAAAUGCUGCAAUGGGCUGCACGUUUACUAGUGAAUGUCGACAGAACCACUGUGAAAAGAAUUCAAAGUGUGAAGUAAGCCCAGAUGGGACUGUCAGCUGUGUCUGCAAAGAAGGUGAAAUUGGAGAUGGGAGGAGCUGCUACAAAUCGCUCAUUGAUGAGAUUUCUGAGCUGAAUAUGCGGGGAAGAAUGCUCGGGAGACUAAGAAGCGCAAAAUCAAUGUUUGAUUUAGGUUGUGCAUUAUUGCUGAGAAAAUAUGGACCUUUCACAGUUUUUGUGCCAUCCACUGGACUGUAUCAUGAUAGAACUCAGUACUUCAAUGAAAUGUUUGCACCUGAUUUAUGCAGAAUGCACAUAAUUCCUGGACAGCAUUUGCUAAAUGAUAUGAUCAAAACUAAGGUUCUGUGGACAUUGUCAGGACAUAAAGUGAUCUUCAGUGCUCAGAUUCAAAGCAAGCACUAUAGUUAUUCAGAUGUCCCAGGAGAAAUGAAUACUGUCAUGGAUCCAAACUUUCCAGCUGCUAAUGGGAUUAUUCAUAUUGUCAACAGCAACACUCUAAGGAAAAUACCUUCACUGGAAAACCUUGGAAACCCUCAGAAAACAAUUGGAGAAAUUCUUGCUUCUCUGGAAAUUGCCAGCCGAUUUGAAACCAUCUUAGAAAACUGUGGUCUGCCUUCAUUUCUGGAUAGUCCUGGACCUUUCACUGUGUUUGUACCAAGUAAUGAGGCAGUGGAUAAAUUAAGAGAUGGAAGGUUAAUUUAUCUCUUCACUGAGGGAAUAAACAAGCUUCAGGAACUUGUGAAAUACCAUAUCUACACAGGCGCAGCGGUGAAAGUAGAGAGGCUAACAGUGAUGCCACAUAUUAUGACAAUGGCAAAUCAGAUACUGACAAUCAAUAUCACUAAGGAUGGAAGAAUUCUGUUGGGUGACUCUGGUGUUGCUUUAAACAAAAGGAAUAUUUUAGCAUCAAAUGGUAUAAUUCAUACUUUGGAUGGUGUCUUCAUCCCUCCAUCAAUAAUCCCCAUUCUGCCUCACAGAUGCAAUGAACUGCAGUACAAAGCUGUAGCAGGAUCUUGUGUUGAUUGUGAUGCCCUUAAUACAAGUGUUUGCCCACCACAAAGCACACUUAUGGAACAUGGGAUCUUCCCCAGAGAAUGUGUUUAUAUCCAGGAUCCUUCUGGCUUGAACGUUCUGAAGAAAGGUUGUAGCAGAUACUGCAACCAAACUGUUAUGAUUACUGAAUGCUGCAAAGGAUUCUUUGGUCCAGAUUGCACUGCUUGCCCUGGUGGAUUUACCAAUCCUUGCUAUGGAAAAGGAAGUUGUAUAGAUGGGAUUCGAGGGAAUGGUCAGUGCCGUUGCUUUGAGGGUUUCAAAGGAAUUGCUUGCCACAUCUGUUCAAACCCAAACAAGCAUGGGGAGAAUUGUGAUGAAGAUUGUGGCUGUGUCCAUGGGAUCUGUGAUAAUAGACCAGGAAGCAAGGGAGUGUGCCAGCUCGGGUCAUGCAAAGCUGGAUACACUGGGGAAUUUUGUAACAGGCGCUCUAACAACUGUGGGGCUGCUGGUGACUCUCUAACCUGCCAUCGGAAUGCUGUCUGUAGCUUGAAUGACACUGCAAGGUGCAUCUGCCUUGAUGGUUAUGAAGGGGAUGGGUUUUCCUGCCAGCCUAUAGAUAUCUGCAGAAAACCAGAACAGGGAGGCUGUUCAGAAAAUGCCAUAUGUACCAGCACAGGUCCUGGCACAGCUACAUGCCAGUGUAACAAUGGUUGGACUGGGGAUGGAAACGUCUGCAUUGCCAUAGAUAACUGUGUAAUGGAGAACAGAGGAGGCUGCCACACCAAUGCUGAAUGCCGCUACAUUGGGCCUGGACAGAGCAGCUGUGUGUGCAAGAGAGGUUAUGAUGGUGAUGGUUUUAACUGCAACCCCAUUGAUCCUUGCUUGGUGAAUAAUGGUGGCUGCCGUGGCUAUGCUGUGUGUAAGUCCCUUGGAGCUGGGAAAGUUGCUUGCAAUUGCUCUGCAGGAUACAUGGGAGAUGGAGAUAUUUGUUAUGCAGAUAUUAUGACGGAGUUGGCACAAAACUACCACUUUUCUGUCUUCUAUGAGUGGAUCAAGAAAUCUCUCUUCAGAAUUCCAAAAGGAGCCAAUGUGACUGUUCUGGUGCCAAUUAACACAGUCAUUGAAAAGCUAAACAAGACGGAAAAAGAUUUCUGGUUAAAACCUGACAUGUUACCAUUUGUAGUCAGGGCACACUUCCUCCAAGGUUCUUUUGUGACUGGGGAACUCAAGAAGUAUGUGGGUCAGAAAGUACCCACCCUCAACCCACGGAUCAGGUGGGAGAUAAACAACUACAAUGGGACUUUAACCAUUCAGAAUGCAGGAGUUAUAACAGGUGACAUCCCUGCUAUUAACAGUACUAUUUAUAUUAUUGAUCAGGUUUUGUUACCAUCACAUGGGGAUAUCCCUCCACCUCGUCCAGGUCUGCAGCAGCAACUUAACAUGACACUCUCCUUCAGUAGGUUCAAAGAGCUGCUUGAGCAAUACCAGUUGAUUGAAGAGAUUGAAUCUUCUGAAAAAUAUACUAUUUUUGUCCCAGGAAACAGUUCAGUUGAGAAAUAUAGCCAAGCAUUUAAUAUUACAAAACUGGAUAAAGACACUGUGAAGUACCACGUCAUACUUGGAGAGAAACUUUUAUCCAAGGAUCUGAAAAAUGGCAUUCAUAAGAGCACAAUGUUAGGACUCUCCUACUGGCUGAUGUUUUACAGGAAUACCACUCAGGCAUAUGUCAACAAAAUCCUCUUAGAUGGUCAGUUUUUUGAAACAAGAAAUGGAAUAUUGAUUGGCGUUUCUGAAGUUCUCCCAGUUCAUAAAAAUCGCUGUACUACCAAUACCACAACAGUACAAAAGUCGAGAUGUGCAAAAUGUAACAAAAAGUUCAAGUGCCCACCAGGAUCAGUGCUUGCUGAAUCGGCGACGUCAGAGAAUCUCCCUCAUUGCGAAUAUAAGUUUGGAAAGGAUAGAUUAGUUGGCUGUCAUUUCACCUGCAUUAAAGUUUCCUUAGUCUCUGUCUGUUGUCAAGGUUACUAUGGCCAUAUGUGCGAAAUGUGUCCAGGAAAACCUGGCAAUUGGUGUUCUGGAAAUGGCAUAUGCCAAGAUGGCAUUUCCGGCAGUGGAGAGUGCCAGUGCCAUGAAGGUUUCUAUGGUACAGCCUGUGAAAUGUGUCAGCCAGGGAGAUAUGGACCCAGCUGUAAAGCAGAAUGCAAUUGCAAGAAUGGUACAUGCAAUGAUGGACUUCUGGGAGAUGGAAGUUGUUUAUGUAACCCAGGCUGGAAGGGGAUCAACUGUGACAAAAAAAUUGAAAUCGAUCUUUGCAACGGCACUUGUGAUAUGAAUGCCAACUGCAUCAAUGGAUCUGCAAUUUCAUCGCCCUCUUGCAUUUGUUCUGCAGGAUACACUGGGAAUGGGACCUAUUGUAGAGAAAUAGAUCUCUGUGCAGCGGGUAAUGGUGGCUGCUCCAUAUAUGCCAACUGUACUAAAGUAGCAGCUGGUCAAAGGAUCUGCACUUGUAAAGAAGGCUAUGCUGGAGAUGGGACCAUAUGCCGAGAAAUUGAUCUGUGCUUAGAAAACCAAGGAGGAUGCCAUCGCUAUGCAGAAUGUAUUAAAACAGGUCCUGGUCUGGUUGCAUGUAACUGUCUUCCCAACUACAUUGGUGAUGGUGUUAAAGUCUGUGAAUUCAUUGAUCCUUGCUAUAAGAACAGAGAAGGAUGCAGUCAACAGGGCUUCUGUUACAAGAACUCUAUUGAAAAUGAAAUAUGCAUCUGUGUAAUGGGUUCUGGAGGUGCCUCUUUAUGCACAAAAACAGCAUGGAAGGAGGAGAUUGUUGCAAGAAAAGCUGUAUCCCUCUUCUUUCAAUAUGCUAAGGCCUAUAACAUUAUCAACCUAUCUAAUGGUGGACCUUACACUUUUUUCGUGCCGCUUGUCGAUUUCCAGUGGAACAGCACUACACUUUCAGAUUGGAAAAAUGGCAGCAUCAAAGAUUUCCUUCUCUAUCACAUAGUUAUCUGUCAGCGCUUACUGUCAGAGGAUUUGGAAUUGCUUAAUUCCAUAACAACUCUAUCUGGACAGAAAAUACGAGUUUCUAUGAAAGAGAACAGUAUAUAUUUAAAUGAGGAGGCAAAAGUAAUUGACAGUGACUUUCUUGGACCAAAUGCUAAUAUACAUUUCAUUGAUAAGAUCUUAAUCCCAAAAGAUAUGCACAACCGUGCUGUUUCAUCCAGUCUAUCAAAGAAAUCCAUCACAGAAGUUGCAGAUGCUUAUGGAUACAAAAUCUAUAGCAAACUUCUAGUGGAGGCAGGACUUCUUCCUUUGAUUAAUGAAACCAUACACCAGCCCUUGACCAUGUUGUGGCCGACUGAUGUGGCAUUUAAUUCCCUUCCUGAGGAUAAGCAGAAGUGGCUGUAUCAUAAAGAACACCGAAGCAAGCUGGUUGCUUAUCUCAAACAACUUAUGAUCAGAAACUUGCGGGUCUUUCCUUCCACUCUGCCACAAUCUGGACUAUUUUUAAGGACUCUGCAUGGAUCUACCAUCACAUUUAGCUGCAGCAGGAAGAGUCCUGGAUACAUUGAGGCAGAGAAGACAAGGAUUAUACACAGUUAUAUGGAAUUUAAUGUGGGCAUUGCAUAUGGUGUGGAUCAGCUGCUGGAACCUCCAGACCUGGGAUCCCGCUGUGAUGAGUUUCAUCCUGCUGUGAUUGCAAAGUCUGAAUGUGGCUCCUGUAACUAUCUAUUUCUAUGUCCUUUUGGAUCAAUUGAACACGGAGAAAUCAUGAGUUGCCUGUAUUUUGGAGAUUCACUUUUAAGCAAACCGGUCCCAUAUGAUAUAGGUGAAAGGAGGUCUUACUUAUCACAAUACUCACGCAGGGGAAACAGAUUGCAUCUUUUUUCAACUAUAAAGGGGUGCAAGAGAGCAUGCAUUACCCCCGAGUGGACAUCAAAGUGCUGUGAAAACCACUAUGGAAUAAAUUGCCAAGUGUGUCCUGGGGGGCUUGAGGCACCAUGCAGUAAUCAUGGUAAAUGUGACGAUGGAAUGCAUGGUUCAGGACGAUGUAGCUGCCAUGAGGCUUUCUUUGGUACAGCUUGUGAACUGUGCGUGCCAGGCCGAUAUGGGCCAGAGUGCAAAGAAUGUAGUUGUACAGAGAAUGGAAUAUGCAAUGAAGGAUUGCAUGGAGAUGGUUUCUGCUUCUGUGUUUCAGGAUGGACAGGAGAGCGCUGUGAAAUCCCAUUAGCUACGAUACCCAAGUGUUCUCCAGCCUGUCAUCAUAAUGCUGUCUGUCGUUUUAAUAAUACCUGUGAAUGCAACUUACAUUAUGAAGGAGAUGGGAGGAUAUGCACAGUGAUUGACCAGUGUGGUGAUAAUAAUGGAGGCUGCAGCGAUCAGGCAAACUGCACACAAACUGGAACUGACAUCUCCUGUACCUGUUUACCAAAUUAUCAGGGUGAUGGCUACAUCUGCAGCCCUAUCGACCGGUGUGCAGAUGGCAGUAACGGAGACUGCAGCGAACACGCCACUUGCAUCAGCACAGGUCCUAAUACUCGGCGGUGUGAAUGCAAAGCUGGUUAUGUUGGAAAUGGAGUACAGUGCUUGGAGGAAGCUAUCCCACCCACAGACCGUUGCUUGGAUGAGAAUGGGCAUUGCCACUUUGAGGCUAUUUGUACUGACCUGCAUUUCCAUGACAAAACAGUUGGUGUCUUCCACCUUCAGUCCCCCAACGGAAAGUACAACCUUACUUAUCAAGAGGCUGAAGCCAGCUGUGCAGCUGAGGGAGCUACCUUGGCCACUCUUCAACAGCUGUCUGCUGCACAGCAGAUGGGUUUCCACCUGUGCAUAGUGGGAUGGUUAUUUAACAGGACAGCAGGUUACCCAACUGUAUAUCCAAGUGCAAAAUGUGGCACUAACCAUGUGGGGAUUGUGAAUUAUGGAUUUCGAAGUGACUUCACUGAGAAGUGGGAUGCUUACUGUUAUAGAGCUAAAGAUGUAUGGUGUGACUGCAGGGAUGGGUUUAUUGGUGAUGGCUAUACCUGCAUUGGGAAUCUUCUGGCAGUGCUGGAACAGCAUGCAAACUUUUCAGUCUACUAUUUUAUGUUACUGGAUUAUGCCAAUACUACCCAAGAAGGACUAGAAUUUCUGGAUCUCCUUUCCGAUGACACCACUUAUAAAACCCUUUUCGCACCUCUGAAUUCUGGUUUUAGAGAUAAUACAACUUUAACACUGAAUGACCUGAAGCUUCAUGUAUCUGUGAAUGAUAUGGCCCUCCUGAGCUUCAAUCUCACAGCUGGCACAAUUAUAUUAUCCCAAGCUGGAUACAGCCUUUCCAUAGCAGACGCCAUGAACGCCACCCACCCUCUGGGUUCUAAGGUGCUUAAUAAUACAAUGAUUGUUGAAUGGGAUAUUCUGGCUUCCAAUGGGAUAAUUCAUGCUAUUGAGACACCAUUGAUGGUACCGCGUCAACAUGAGCAAGUUGUUCAGUUUUUGGGCACUGUAAAAGCAUCUGCUUCUGCUGUGACAGUCGGUGUGAGUACUGUUGUUGCUGUAGUGCUACUAUGUUUAGUUACCGCCGGAGUGUCUUACUACUACUUCAGAAGAAAGAAUCAAGGAUUCCAGUUUCAGUACCUGAAGGCUGAGCUGGAAGAUGAAGAGCCUUCACCUUGGGAGGAAAGGAGCCCAGCCUUGGUGUCCAUCCCAAAUCCAAUCUAUGGAGCACAUAGUUCUCUCUAUGAUGAGCCAUUUGAGGAUUCUGUCAAUGGAGAAGACUUUUCAGAUACUCAUGGAGUGUUUGCAGAUUAGUAAAUGUAUCUGUACUGCAGGAAGCAAAUGUUUUCCAGCUUUGCCAUUCAGAAGGAACGGAAUGUGUUCUGGGUUACAGUGGACUGCUAUGGUGCCUUUAUGCAUCCAUUGGGGGCAAACUGACAAGUGGCCUUUAGGUAAAUUGUGAAAGGUCAUCAGCUUAGAUAUACUUCUGUUUCCAUUCCUCUUCAUAAAGACUGGGACUGGAAAUUGGGAUCCAAAGAGCUACAUUCAUGGAGACUUCAUCCAUUUUUUCUUCUGAAUCCAGCCACUUGUGCUGUGCUAGAUACUGCUUUGAAGUGUCUUUCAGCUUUCUGGAAUUGUUUAGGGAUGAACUGAGGAGUUAAGAGGGGGAACGAGAUCCUUGAAAAGCCCUGUUGCAUGCUCAGGAUCAUUUGGAUUCUGCCCAUAAGACAAAGUUUAGCUAUAGAGAAUACCAUGAGUAAUGAAUGAAUAUUUUUGUUCAGGACACCACAGCGAACCAUCAGUUGCUCACCAAAAUCUUCUGAGCCAAACAAUGUGAUUCCCCCCCCCCUGAAACUGUAUUGUUGGGCCCUCCAUUGAUAAUGUUCCUCUAUGCUACACAAUUUGAAAUAAAAAU